GAUCGCUGAGCUGUAGUCGCUUGUCCAAUUUUGCGCGUUCCUUCCAUUCCCUGUCGUGUCUGGAAAUUGCCGGAACUCCUCUGGCAAGUGUCCGGAGAGCGGGCUCGUGCGCAGUCGGGGAUUUGCUUUGCUCGUUCUGGUGCGCGUUUCUUGCUUGUGGUUGCGUUCACCGCGGUCUGUCGAGCCUUCCUCUCAGUAGUGUGUCGUCGUCCAUCUCAAGGUUACUGUUGUUGUUAUUCCGGCGCACUCGAAGCUGUACACUCCGCGUGAAUGUGGCGGCUUAUUCGAGCGAUUCACUUCCCUCUCUUCCGUCUAGAUCGACAGGUUUAUGGACUCGUUGAUUGAUUGAUUGAUUAGUCUAUUGAGUACUUUAUAGCUUUCAUCCAAUUCGGCGAACGCUCUUCUGUGUGUGUGAUAAAUGAUAUCAACGCGAACAUCUGGCGAUCGCUUUAUGUCUGACUGGAUCGGUUUCUUAAGUAGGUCGAGUGUAGUAUUUGGAGUCCCGGUCUCGAGUGUAAAGUACCGAGUUCCAGUGUACUUCGUCGUCCGGGAAACUGGCCGGUAUACGUUGUAGCCGUCGGCGACGCCGUUUAUCGUUUUCAUCGUGAACGGGGUGAAGUUGAUUGACCGUCUUGUUGUUAAAGGCGGGGAGAAGGCAAUUGACGAAUCUGAGGAGGGGGAAGGGAGUCGAGUCUCGGGGAGGUUUUUUUGGUUUCUGUAUAUGGUUGCCGGCGAUUGUCUUGGCACGUUAUUUGGUGAUCGAGUUUUGGUCAUUUUGCAGUUAUUUUAUUGCGUUUGGGAAAGUGAAAUAUUAGGAAGAUGACGAUGGAUGUGGCAAGGACGCUGUCGACUGCUGUGCAAUGCGCGCCGGCCGGUGCGCUAGACACGGCGGCGAACCGUAAUGCCUCUGCGCCGCCGAGAUCUUCGAUGUUGAAGUCGGUGCCUGUGACUGCGUCAUGGCACUCGUCGGGAUCGCCAAGAAGGUCGCGGUCGGCACGUAUUUCUGCCGAAAGUGUGAUAACAGGAGGAGGCGAGAGGCGAACAUCGUUUUUGGGGACGGCUGUUGCCUUGAGGAAAGCUCUCGCGCUGCCCGCGCUGGACUUGCUGACGCCAUGCCAAUUGCGCGAGCAGAGAGUUCUUAUUGGCAGGAUACGUAUUGUGGUGUCCUCGAGUUUGCAGGAGACGACGGCGUUUACUCAUGUGGAACAACAGGGCCGUGUACCUCAUCCGGUACCCACAGAUCCUCUCAAAGUCGUCAUGAUGCAGGCUUUCAACUGGGAUUCGUGUAAGAAGGGGGGCUGGUACAAGAAUUUGAAGGGAAAAGCUGCAGACCUCGCGGAUGCUGGUGUGACAGACAUCUGGCUGCCGCCUCCCUCCCAAGCUGCGGAUCCGCAUGGAUAUCUCCCUGGUCAGCUGUACAACAUGAAUGAGUCAAGAUACGGAAACGAGGAGGAAUUGAAGGCCAUGAUUGACGAGAUGCAUAAGAAUGAUAUUGGCUGUCUGAUGGACCUGGUACUUAACCAUCGGUCAGCAUCAAAGCAGGAUAACCAGGGGAGAUGGAAUAUCUACCUAGGAGGAGCUGGGAAUGGGAAAUUGGAUUGGGGCCCAUGGGCCCUCACAUGUGACGGUAUUUAUAACUCGGGCGGCUCUGGAAGGCCGGACACUGGGGAGAAGUGUGCUUAUGCUCCUGAUGUUGAUCACACGAACAAGCGAGUCCAGGAUGAACUCGUGGAGUGGAUGCUCUGGAUGCGACACCACAUGGGCUUCGAUGGCUGGAGGUUCGACUUUGUGAAGGGUUACGCAGCGGAGUAUGUGACCAUGUAUAGCGACCGGACAGAUCCGACAUUCAAUGUGGCCGAACUUUGGACGGACAUGCGAUACGAGAACGGCAAGCUGGCGUUUGAUCAGAACGCGCAUCGGCAAGUGAUGUGUUCGUGGAUUGAUAAGACGAAGGGACGUUGUGGAUGCUUCGAUUUUACCACUAAGGGUAUCCUGCAGGAGGCUGUGAAGAACAACGAGUACUGGCGACUUCGUGACAGGGAUGGCAAGCCUCCCGGUCUGAUCGGUUGGUAUCCGAGGAAGUCUGUUACGUUCAUUGAUAACCACGACACAGGAUCCUCGCAGAAUUUCUGGCCGUUCCCAAGUGAUCAAGUCAUGCAAGGAUAUGCGUACAUCCUCACACAUCCAGGGAAUCCUUGUCUGUUCUAUGAUCACUAUUUCGACUGGGGACUGAAGGAGGAGAUCAAGAAUCUGGUGAAGCUGCGUCAGCGGAAUGGCGUUCAUGCGAAGAGUCCCGUCAAGAUACUUGCUGCGGAGUCGGACAUGUAUGUUGCCGAGGUCAUUGGAACUUCAGGGAGCGUUAUUCUGAAACUUGGACCUCGGUACGACAUGGGAAAAUUGACGCCGUCGAAGGGAGAUUGGAGAAAGGCCGCAUCGGGGAGGAACUACUCGGUCUGGGAGAAGAUCCCCGUACCGAUCCCGGCGCCUCUGCCUACGUUCGCCGCAGGUUUGGAUGCGGAACCUUUGCCGGAGCUGGCACGUAUGCUCCUGGAUGAGACUUCGAACAAGGAGGAGGGUGCACAAAAGGGAGGGGUUGGGGUGUGAGGAGGGAAGGGAGUCGCCCGUCCUCACCCGUCCUGCAUUCACUUGCUCUCUGCAGGAUUUAUCGCCACUGUAUAUAUGAAUCAUCAGCUUUGUGCCUUAGAUAAUUUUUCCUGUCGUCUUCGAAUUGCCAGCCAGUGAGCAUGAAUGAAGAUGGGAGAGUGAAGUCGCGAACCUCGCACUGUCAGGGCAAUGAGGGGCAUAGUCUGACGAGGGAGGGAUUCAUGCAUUGCAUCUAACUGGGAUUGCGGCUGGCCGUGGUUUCAUCUCACGAAAAUUGCGUCCGGAGGUCAGUCGGGAGAGUGUNUCAUGCAUUGCAUCUAACUGGGAUUGCGGCUGGCCGUGGUUUCAUCUCACGAAAAUUGCGUCCGGAGGUCAGUCGGGAGAGUGUUAAUUGCAAGUAUGCCCUCAGAGUUGGCUGUUAUGCGCUGGAGGUAAUUCUUCUUCCAGAGUGGUGUCGAGGUAUUUCUCCUCCCUGAGCGGCACGGCAACUGAUCCUUUCUCCGGAAUACGGAAAGGGGAGGAGAGUUUUCAGUGGCUUCAUGACGACCUGUCUUGCGGAGAAGGGCGCUGGCGUUCACUAUCUCGAAGAGAGGAGAGAACAAUAAUGGAGGGAGAGAGAGAGAGAGAGCUAGAUGGUGAAGGCAUGCUCUUUUCUUUUCUCUUUUCUCCUCUGUCGUUCCUGGUCGCUUCGCUAUUGUACGAGGGAGGGAAUCUUAUUUGAGCAUCAGGAAUGAUAACGGGAGAUCUCUGCGGUUCACACGUUUCCCAGGGAAGAUUGUUUUUCGAUUACAGUUUCUCAGCGUGAUGGGGCACCGAGCUGAGUAGAGCCGCCUUGCUUUGGCGGAGGAAAGGAAAUAGCAAAGUCCGUUCUUUUUUUUUAUGUUUUCUAUCUGAUUUUACUUGUCCGAUUUGUGUUUGUGUUUGUGGUUCGUCUCGUCCUUAUUUUUUUAUUUUUUCCUGAUGGCGGGAAGAUUUUCUAUGUAAGGGUUUGUCUGAGGGGGAAAGGAGGAGCUUUGUUUGAUGGUUUAAGCGUGAUGAUUGUCACAUGAUCUGUUGGGAAGUUGGUAUUCACUGUAGACUACCGAGUCUCAGAGUAUAUGUGUGGUUAUGUCCCAUCCAUGGCUUAUCGUUGCUGGAAUCCCGGAGUAUAUGUCACAUCCAUGGCUAAGCGACGAGGCUGCCGAAGUCGGGUUCCUUCAAGUGGGUGUGAAUUGCAACGUGUGCUAGAAAGACCUCUUGAAAUCGACGGGUGGAAACGGACUAGAAUGCGAAUGUCAUCGGAAGGUGGGACGUCACAGCACUGGUCUGCGUUGAUACUGGAAGGCGCGGGAGGUUUAUGGUUGAUGUCACUAUGCUGGUGCUGUUAUUUUGCGUGGUCAGCGUUAUCUCGAGCGGCAUGAGACAUGGAUCGCCACGAAGUCUACUCGAUCUUUGGGCGCCGCCCCUGUAUGCAGCAUGGAUUGCUCUUACGUAGUGCUAUUCGGCGUACUUUGCAGUCGUCGUUGCCUUCUAUCUAUCUAUCUAUCUAUAUAUAUACAUAUAUGAUAUGAUUGAUCCUAAGGGAUAG